CCAUUUCACUUUCGUUGAGGCGCUGUUCCGUGUUUGUGGGUGAUUACUUCUCGACCUCUCACAAUGGCGGAAAACAUGUCUCUAUUGAGUCUCGAGGACGAUUUGACAUGCAGCAUCUGUUUAUGUCUGUUCAAUAACCCAGUGAGUUUACUCUGUGGACACAGUUUUUGCGCCAGCUGUCUCGAGGCGUCAUGGAACGACACGACAUCCUCUCUGUCUUGCCCUAACUGCCGUAUGCAUUUUAACAGCAGACCUGAUCUCAAGAAGAACACCGUCCUCAGCGCUGUUGUGGAUGCAUACAGAUUCAAGGCGGGGAUCUCCGAACCCGUCAGUGAUCCUAUUGAGGUGAAAAAUAAAGAUGAAGAGAUAAUCAAAUGCGACAAUUGUAUGGAGGCCAAAGCGGUCAAAACUUGUCUGACGUGUAUGGCGUCUUACUGUGAGGAUCAUGUGAGGCCUCACCGUGAGAAUGCUGUAUUCCGGGCGCAUCAGCUCUCGGAACCGCUUCCUGAUCUGAUGGAUCGUCUCUGUCCCGAUCACGGCAAGUUGAUGGAUUUAUACUGCUCUCAGCACCAGUGCUGCAUCUGUAGCUCCUGUCUGCAGAACGUACAUAAGGGCUGUAAGUUUACCAACGCAGAUGAUCAGCGCAUCAAACACAAGACUGAUCUGAUAGACAAGCUCAACACUCUUGAUGCCAAAACUGACAAGAAUCAGCAGGUCAUAACGCAGAUGAAGGAGCAACAAAGCAAAUUAAAGGAGCAUGCAGCAUCCCGCAAACGCAUUCUUGAGGCAGAAUACAGACAUAUCCGAGAAAUGUUUGAAAGAGAUGAGAAAGAGGCCAUGCUUGCCAUCAGUAAGGAACAGGAGAAAGGUCAGGGCAAACUGGCCUCCCUGAUAAAAAAAUGUAAUGAAAAUGUUGAGAAGAUGAGUAGAACCAAAUCUGAGAUCAACAGCCUGCUGGAUCAGUCACAGUCCCUCUCCUUCUUAAAGACCUCUGUUGAUUUGCCCUCAGUGGUAAAUUUUGAGCCCUAUAGCCCUCGGAUAAAUGUGGACUCCAAAGAGGUGAUAGCUUACCACUCCUCUGCAGUUGCCCUGAAGGGAUGGAUCAGCAAGAUUCUGGAUCAACCAGCAGAAAACAGAAUCUCGAUACUUAAACCAGAUGGUGUGAACUACUCGGCUAAUUGUUCAGGAAACCAGUUCCCAGGAACCAGUGAAAAUCCUGCAUCCCUGUCAAAUCCUAGAGGAAUGUUCUCUGUUUCACCCAUUCAUUUGAGGUCUCCCAGUCCUGGAGCCCCUUUAAGGACCAGAGAUUCAGGAGCUAAAAAGAAGAAUCCGCCCCAAAAGAGUCAUGCUAAAGACCUGAGUGAUCACAAAGAGCGUAAAGACCAGAGGGCAAACCAGAAUUUUGCUGUUUCAUCACCUCUGGAUAACUUUGAUAAAAGAAGUGACCUUCUUAAAUAUGGCACUAUCCUCAAUUUUGAUGUCAGAACAGCCCAUAAGCGGAUCUUCCUCUCUGAAAAUGACACCAAAGCGACAAUUUCAGAUGAGCCAGCUAACUAUCCCGACAUUCCUACUCGCUUUUCUGUCUGUUCCCAGGUACUCUGCACCAAGGGUUUCUCUCAGGGUCGGCAUUACUGGGAGAUCAAAAUGAGCAGCAACAACUUCUGUGGAUUGGGGCUUGCGUACGGCAGAAUCGACCGGAAGGGUCCAUCCAGCCGUUUGGGGCGUAAUGCAGAAUCCUGGUGCGUGGAGUGGUUUAACAUGAAGCUUUCUGCAUGGCACAACAGCAUUGAGACGGUGUUGGCGAAUCCCAACCCUAGCCGCGUGGGCAUCAUGCUGGAUUGCGACGCAGGAAGUGCAACGUUCUAUAAUGUGCAGGACCGGGCCUAUCCCUUCCACACUUUCGUGUUCCCUUUCUCUAAGCCCGUGUAUCCAGCAUUCUGGAUUUUCUCAAAUGGCUCUUCUGUUUCUCUGUGCAAGCUCACUCAGUAACUAAGCUGUAUGAGGUGAACUCAUAUUGGCUUAAAUUAAUUAAUGUUGAUUGAUUAUUCAGUUUUUAAUUACUUAAGUGUGUUAUGUUAAAAUAUGGUUGUUUCAAAGGACCAUGGUGGUAAAAGGAGUGAAGUUUAAUACAAAUUCCAGUCUUCUGUGAUGAUACAUGAUGCAUACAGGAGACUUUAAGAAAUAAAUUCGGUUUCUUUCAAUCCUGACCAAAAAUGUAGAUGAUAGAUAUGGAUAUAUUAUAUUGAUUAACAAGGGGUGAAUUAAGUAUGCAUGUACAUGUUAUGAAUACAUAAUUGUGUUUGAGUCUCUGUUAGUGUGCAGGUCUUGUAGUUGUUUAACAUGUUUAACUUUAUCACAUAAACAAAUAGUGAUGUGUUGGUUUUAUUACAGUACAUGGGCAAAGUCCUUUGCCACUGUGCUCCAGCUAGAUCUAAAGUUAGUUGGCAUGGAUCUUUAUUUGCUUCAGUUGGAACACUUUCAUUGACUGUAUGAAAUAUCAUGUUUUUAAGCAUGAGCAAUUCUGCCAAACGAUCAGGCAUUUAGUCAGUGUUGGGGAAAAAAUGGACUACAUGUAAUCAGUUAUGUAAUCCGAUUACAAAAAAAAUAACUUGUUAUUCGAUUACAUUGCAUUUUUAACCAUGUGUAGUCCGAUAACAGUUACUUGUUAGGUAGGAAUUACUUAAUUACAUAUGGAUUACAUUAUCUGUCAAACUUAACUUGUGGUUUGAUUUCAUGUUUACUAAUGUUUUAUGAAAAGAGUGCAAAUUGGUACUUAAUACUCAUAAAAUGUGAUUUUCAUAAAAACAUGGAAUAAGUCAUCCAAUAGUAAUCAGAAUACAUUACCUAAAAGUAAUCUAAAUGAUUGCAUUACUGAGUACAAUAUUAGUUGUGUCAUUUGUGAUAAGUACUGGAUUACAUUUCUAAAGUAGUCUACUCAACAAUUCACUAAAGUGAGCUCAAAGCAGAUUAAAACUGCCAGUAGAUCUAACUGCUACCAUGUCUUACUGACAGGGCAACAAAGAAGUCAAAGGCCUAUUGAGAGAGAUCACAUUAAAUAUAUUUGAAUAUUCAGCUAUAAAACAGCUUGUCUCCAUACAGUCUAACAGAAACUUAAGCUUACAUGCUUUCUGUGCGCUUGAAGUUCCUUGUUUGUCUGGUAAUAUUGUUGUUUUAUGAUCAUUGUGAAUGGCAUAAAAUUAAUGUCUACUGGUCUUGUUGCAUGUAACGCACAGAGUAGCCUAUUCACUUUGAUGUUGGCACAGAUAAAAUGUAAAUAUUUAUCUGCUAUUUUCAGAUGAGAUUGUUUUAACAAUCCACUGUAACAAGAGUUCUGUUGCUUUGGAGGAAAUAAACCUUAAUAUCAAUUAUUAAUAUAUUUGAGAUUUCCAAAACAACUAAUGAAUUACUGUUGUGACUGAUUUUGCUUUUAAGUUGUAUAUGGGAUUAAAUGGGAUAUGAUGAAAAAACAACAACUUUAUGAAAAUAUUUAUUGGAAUUGUUUUUCAAAGUGAGAACAUAUACAUAUAGUCAUAUAAGAACAGUACAGACUUUAAGAGAAAGACUUGAUCAAAUGUCUCAUUACAGAAUAAAAUGUCCUCAUAUAAGAAUAUCUAGAUAUUAUAUUCUCUGCUCUAUUCAUCAUACUUAUGAUAUGCUUAAUCUUAAUCUUAAUCUUUGUUCUGAAAUAUUCAUUAUUAAAUUGUGCAGCUCAUAUUUUUGUUAGACUUAAUGGAAAAUGAAAUGUUCAAAUAAAAAAUAAAAAUGGCCAAAGAAUUCUGUAAUUGUUUUAUUAACUUACAAAAAAUGUCUAUGAAUGAAAAUUAUAAUUACCACCUUUGAAUAUGUAUUGGUAUAUUCUCUGGACACAGUAAAAUAAGCCUCAUCACAGAUUAAACAGAAUGUUCCAUCAAGUGCAGCUAUUAUGGCAUUUACAUCGUCAGUAGGCUUCAGUUGUAUUUGGGGGGAAAAUAAGCCAUAUGUAUGAAAGGUAUAUCAUGAUUAUGGCACACAGAAGUCAGUGCAAAGUGUCUCAAUCUUAAACGUUCAUUCCAGUUAAUCCAACUUUCACAUAACACAAUCAUUUAUUAAACCAUAUUCCCAUCUGCUUAAACCUUUUUUACACAUUCAGAGCAUUUGUAAACAGUCUUUUCAGUAACAUUACAGUGUCUUAAGCACAGGAAACAAAGCAACAAUUAGAUUAAAUGCAAUUAGAGCAAGGAAAUGUUUUCAUGACCACAACCACUGUAUCAACAACUAGAUAAAUAUACUGUAUAUUAAAACAUGUGCAUGUAACUUUACAUUGAUUUUACAUAAUAGCAUCCUAAAGGAAUAGUCCAGGUUCAAUAAAGUUAAGCUCAAUCAACAGCAUUUAAACCAUCCAAAAGCUGGCCCUAUUAAUUUCCUUUGCAAGUACCUCAAUGUAACAUGGUUUCUCUCUCUUUUUAUAUUAAAGGAGUGGAGUUGUAAUUAUUAUUAUAAAAAUGUUUUCUGGUCCAAUAAUUAACAUUUUGUCAAACAUGCUAUCAGUUGAGCUUCACUUGUAUUGAACCCAGAAUAUUCCUUUUGUAAAAAGACAUUACAAUUUAGAUUUUUUUUUUUUUUUUUUUUGUCUUUCUAACUAUAAAUGCUUUUUCCACACAUUAGCGGUGUACAUUUCAAUGCAGAAGUGAUGGAGAUUUAUGUAAUAAGGAAACAUAUUUCUCUUGCCUUAAAAAACUAUCACAAUUAUAUUUUUGGCAACACAUACUCUUUUAAACCUUUCAAUGUAAACAAAUAAAAUAAAAUGAAAAACUUCACAAUCAUCUAUGAAAAAUGGCUGCAUUUGGAUCACAAUCAAGCACAAUUCAACAAGUUGUAAGACUAUUAAAAAUAAAAUUUACAAUCAGAAUGAAAAUAUCAAACAAAUGACAUAUUGACAUACAUUAAAUAAAUAAAACCACACAUUUAUCUCAAGUGACAACAAAUUUAAGGCUGUCAUGAAUAAAAUGGGUAAACAGCAACUCAAGCAAAGAGAGGGCAUAAGGUCAGUGAGAAUGUUUGACAAUGCCUUCCCAAAAGGGAAGCCAUUUGAUGUUAAUAAGACUAUGUAAAACAUAAAAGUAAUUCAUAUGACUCCAGUGAAUAAAUUCAUAUCUUCUGAAGCUAUAUCCACUGGAUUACUUCUAUGUUUCCUUUAUGUGAUUUUUGGAGCAACAAAAGAUCUGAUCAUAAUUCACUUGCAUUUCAUGGACCCAUAGAGCCGAGACGUGUUUCUAAAAAUAUUUGUUUGUGUUCAGCAGAUGAAAGUCAAGUCAUAAACAUCCAGGAUGGCAUGAGGGUGAGUAAAUAAUGAGAAUAUUAGCAUUUUGGGGUGAACAAUCCCUUUAAAAGAAGUUAAAAAAAAAAUGUAAUUUUUUUUUAAAAUGUAUAUGGCUGAGUAAAUGCCUUGACUCUGAGAAAAACUAACUGUUUUAGCAGUUUAUUAUACAUCCAUGUAAUGUAAACAUAUAAUGUAAUACUUUUAGUCGGAGGUCAACUGCAGCUCUGAUUCAUACAUUAACCAUACAUGCCAUUAUGGGGUUCAGCUCAAAAUGUGUAAUCUGGUGGAGCACAAAAGACUGGGAAGAGUGUUAUUAUUAUAGAUAUUAUGACUUAAUAAAGCAGUUUAUGACUCAACCUUUAAAUAAUGAAGUCUUGUAUAAGUAUUAUAGGAAUGUUAAGUGCUAAGUAAAUCACCUAAAUGUUCCAACAAAAAGUUAUAUAAUUCAAGCAUGAUGCACAAAAACUGUAACUUAAAACUUAAACAACAACACCGCAACAAAUAAUCGUCAAACGCAAAAAAAAAAAAAAGAUGUAACAGCAUAUUGGGGAAAUAAAAUAAUAAAAAAAAAAUCACACAUAUAUAUAAAGAAAGAAUCAUAUUUUAAUACAGUGCUCUAAAAUAUGUUACUGCCAUUUCACUGUCAGCUAAACCAGUGACUUGGUCACAAAACAUGAGGUUAUGAAUUGCACAUUUAUCUGCCCUAGAUUCAAGCAGUGCAAAGGUGUUUCAAUUAUCAGACACUAAACAUGUCAACAUGUACUUCAUACAUUUAACCACUCUGUCGUAAUUUCACAGGAGCAACAAAAUAGAAGGAGACCCAAACAAAAUGAUUGCACUUAAUUUAUCUUCACAGCUCUAUGGCACAAAGUCAGCGCAAAAACAUUCACGUCUAAGCAGCUUCGUUUGUAACAUCCUCCUUUUGACUAAGUUUUUUUUUUUUUUUUUACGAUUGCCUGAGCUCUACAUACAUCUAAAUAUCAUUCUAUUUUGGAUUAGCAAGGGCCAAAACCGGAGCCACUUAUUACGGUUUCCGGGUAACACUCCCUUACAAAGGAGACAGUGACCUCUUAUGGACAGUUGAGAAACUGCAGGAGUUCGGCUUGGAGGUACAAGAAAUAGGCAUUAUGAACACUUACAAUUAUGACAUUACACCAGUUCCAAAGACAAAAUCAGACCAGGAUACCUUCAUUUCGUGC